AUGUCCAAAAGGAUUGAUCUUGUAAUGUAUUUGUUAAAUAAGGGGAACGCAAAGGAAACGAAUACAGAACACGAAGGGAAGAACGAAGGCAUAAUCGAUUGGGAGGAAGAGGAGAUUGGAACGGGAAUAAACCGAAGGCAGUCAAGAAGAAGGCACAAGAAGUCAGCGAAGGUUCGAUCGUUCUUCUGGCUGAAGGAAGAGGGUCCGAUGGUUUCUGAUUUUUCUUCGAUUGAUUCGCGAUCGGUGAUGGCCUCCGGGAUUCGACUUAGGCCGAAGAAGAGGAAGGGAAAGGAGGAGGCAUCGAGGGGUCUUAGGAGGUGGUAG